AUGCCUGAAUUCGAUGCCGCAGAUCUUGACGACUGUCAGAUAUCCACCAUGCUGACAACCUCUAUGGCCACCAUUAAACAAUAUGUCAAAUUUCAAGGACUCAUAUGUCGUUCGCGCUACAAACCGGCAGUAAAAAUAUCAACAUGGGUUUACCAGUUUUGCGGACCUGGUUACAUGGACAAUGUAAUCAUUGUGACUACCAAAUGGGAUAUUCUGGCCGAUGAUGCAGUAAGUGACAAUUUGGACCGCUAUGAGAAUUGGACACGGGACGCUGCACUUGAGCCGCUAGUAUCCCACGGUGCUCCGACUUUGCACCAUGGGCUUGUUCAGGAUGCUAGUGGUUGGAGAAAAAUCUCCCUUCGAAACCAACGGGACAAAAGUACCAAGCAUGCCAGAGCCAUGAUCUUUGAUCAUUAUGCAACAUCGUCAAAUGUUGUGCUACAAUUUUAUCAUGAGAUUGAUCAGGGACAUUCGGUUGAA